GCCGUGGGCGCUGAGUAUCUCCGGGAGAAGACGCAGCAGUUCUGGGUGCACGACGUGCGCUCCAAAUUCGACAUCCAGGGGUGGAUGCACCUGCACAACCAGACGGGCGGCUUCCACACGGAGCAGGUCCACGUGGGCUGUGCCCUGAGCGACCAGACCCCCGUGGACCCGCACUACCAAUACGCCUACGACGGGCAGGACUUCAUCAGCUUCGACAACCAGACGGGGACCCUGCAGAAGCAGCUCUGGGACACGGUGCACCAGGACUUCACGCAGAUCGUCUGGCAGUACCUGACGCACGAGUGCGUGUGGACGCUGCGGAGCCUGGUGCAGCAGGGGCGGGCCGUGCUGGAGCGGCAGGUGCCCCCCGAGGUCUCGGUGUCCCGCAGAGACGCCCCCCACGGCCCCGUCACCCUCUCCUGCCGCGCCAGCGGCUUCCACCCGCGUCCCAUCCACCUCUCCUGGGUGCGGGACGGAGGCGACGUCCUGGCGGAGACGAGCUCCAGCGGGAUCCUGCCCCUCGCCGACGGCACCUACCACACCCAGUCGUCCCUGGAGAUCGGCCCGCGGCCGGACGGGCCCCGCUACGCCUGCCGGGUGGAGCACAGCAGCCUGCCCGCGCCCGCCCUCGUCUGGGCCCCUGAGAAGGGCCCCCUGCCCCCCGGGGUCCUGGCCGCCAUCGUCCUGGCCGCGCUGGGUCUGGCUGGAGCCGCAGGGGCCGGCGUCUGGCUGUGGAGGAGAAAAUCAGCAGGCCGUCGCAAACCCGGCUACACCCCGGCAGCCACUAAGACGGGAGAUGAUUCAGCCUCCAGCUCGGCCUCAGGAACAGGGUCCCAGAGCGCGGGAUCCCGGAUUUAGGGGCGGCCCUGCCCCGCUGCCGGCCCCACAGACUCCCCUGCGCUGGGGGGCUGGACCCGUUUCCCCCAGUGGGUGCUGGGGCCUAGCUUUGCGUUCUCUGCCGUGGCUUCGAAAGUCUCAACGGAGUAGCCCUGUGGGUCUGCAAUUUAAAAUAACCCCUGUACAAAAGAGCCGGC